GCAGAACAUCAUCCAUAAACAAGUGUUGUGCUACAGUUGGUGGGACAAUGUCAUAGAUUGUCAACAUCUUUUUCUGUCUGAUUCUGCCUCUGGAAAACAAGAUGAAGAGAGAGAUGAGCAGGCGAAAGUUAGAAGGAGAAAGACGGCGGACAAGGAGGAAGCAGGAAGGGGAACACAUCGUACAUUACGCGUUGGUCUUCACUGUUUUUAAGUCUUGGUCGUGGAUGUGGGAAAUGAAUCUCAAAGAAACUCACGUAGCAUUAUGCUAGAUGUUUUGAAUAAUUUGAUUGAAAUCUACUAGUCGAACUAGCUGGUCUGGACUUAGUGCUUGUAGGAUACCGAGUGAGACGAAUAAAACAGUCGCAGGCAUUAUGUCGUGCAUUAACGAAGUAGGAAUGAUUUUCGUCGAACUAAAUAUUAUGGUUGGCAGCUUUAUUUCAUCUUCUAAACUAAAGCACCAGCGGUG